GAUGCCCAUGCCGAGCAGCUAGGAGACGAUCUGUUUUACUGCUUAAACAGUCGAAAAGGAAUAGCUGGGUCGUUGAAGAGCCGUCGUAGAUGUAUUACCCCGUGACAUCACUCGUUCUCCCGCCCUGGCAGUCGACACACAGCCAGCCCUCACCUCACAAACAGAACAGCAAAAACCCCCGGCGCAAUGUCCAACCUCGCCUCCUACAAGACUUCGCUCCUGGAAGCGGCCCUGUCGGGCGGCGCCCUGCGCUUCGGCUCCUUCACGCUCAAAUCGGGCCGCCAGUCGCCGUACUUUUUCAACGCGGGCUCCUUCUUCACAGGCGCGCUCCACGUCCCCUUUGUCGACGCCUUUGCCUCCACGAUAACCUCGUCCCCCGAGAUCCACGGCCAGUUCGACGUCCUGUUCGGCCCGGCGUACAAGGGCAUUCCCCUCGCGGCGGCCGUCUUCUACGCCCUGGCCAAGCAGCACCCGGAGCUGUACGCCGAGGUCGGCUACACGUUCGACCGCAAGGAGGCCAAGGACCACGGCGAGGGCGGCGUCAUGGUCGGCGCCCCACUGCAGGGCAAGCGGGUGCUCGUGAUUGACGACGUCGUGUCGAGCGGCACGGCCAAGCGCGAGGCCAUUGAAAAGAUCACCAGCGCGGGCGGCAAGGUCGUGGGCAUCGUGGUCGCGGUGGACCGCCAGGAGACACUGCCCGACGGCAAGAGCAGCGCAAUCGGCGAGCUCAAGAAGGAGUACGGCAUCCCGAUCCUGGCCAUUGUCAACCUGGAGGACAUCCUCACGGGGAUGAAGGGCAAGAUUGCGGACACGGAUAUCGUCAGGCUCGAGGAGUACCGGGCUACCUAUGGUGCUUCUGACUAGGAAGUGACCUACACCUAUAAAAUUGCGUGUAGGAUGGUUUGCAGAUGGCUGAGGAGAACGAGGUUCGUGCAAGUGCCUCAGGGGCGGGCGUUUCAAGCAUUGCCUGCCAAAAUGUACGGAAGAAUAGAAGCUCGUUACUCAGGACGUGGCUAGCCUGUAUGUGCCACGAAAGCAGAUGAGAAACAGCACGGCCGCGACACAAAUUCGAA